UGCAAGGACAUCAACGCACAGAACUGAGCACCAGCCACGUGCUGCUCUACAUGGAGCAGCUGGAAGGAUAUCACCACAUCCACCGCACAGAACUGAGCACCAACCACGUGCUGCUCUACAUGGAGCAGGUGAGCAAUGUGACUCAGAGCUUCUCCUUCGCGGUGGAGCAGGACUUCCCCGUGCAGAGCCUGAAGCCAGCACUGGUGAAAGUCUACGAUUACUACGAGACGGAUGAAUUUGCCAUCGCUGAAUACAGCGCCCCCUGCAGCAAAGUGGGAGCCGAGCAGAGCAACAUGUGAGGGAUGGAGUCGUGUUCCGAGCCUCCCGCGUCCCACCUGCUUAGCCCCUGUGCAGGCUGAGGCGGUUGGAUGGAGCGACAGAAAGAAAACAGCAGCAAGAGGGAAACAAAUAUUACUAAUAAAUGAAUUCACCAACCUGACCAAUGGCUCCUGGCCUCUCUGUUCCCAGCCCCCUUAUCCCUGUUCAGCCCCAGAUCACAGCUUCACCCAGGACUUCUCAGGCCAAGGUGUGUCCCAUCCAGCUAGGCCUCUGCCCUGCGCAGCCAGCUGGGGUAAGGGUCUGGGGGAAAAGAUCUGCUAAGCACCAUUGUGUCCAAUAGCCCUCACCUUUUCCAGUUAGCGACUAGUGCGGGAUGUUCCUUACUUGUAAACAUGAACUGUGGGACUGUAGAGAGUCUCUGCCCACUACAGGAUGGAAACAGAAAUACUCAGCUGUGUGCCAGGGCCUGAUAUGGCGAACAUGUAAUGGGGUCUCCUUUGGAUGGAGUGGUCAGGGCCUGGGGAUUUGGAACACCAGCCUGUAAGUUCCAUCCCUGCUGCUCCCAUGAAGUGCCAACUGGCCACAACGCGUAGCAUUUUGACAAGUGGUUUGUCCUAGAAUUGAAUGGCAUGUUUCAGGGAUUUAUAUAAUAUCAGUUGUAAGUGCCUCAGCUAAUGGGACUUCCAAAUCCCUUCCCUUCGGGAAACUACUCCACAGUCUGAGAGCCCCUUCACAGUUAGAAAAUGUUUCCUGAAACGCUCCCCUUUUCUUGGUUUCAGCCCAUUUACUCCUAAUUUUACCUGUUCAAGUCCCCUAAAUAAUGUCCCCUCUUCUUUUGGUAUUUCCCCUAUGACGGGUUGGAUCACAGAAACAGCCUUUGGGGCUGCCACCUGAUGUGCUUCGACUACC